CAAGGCGAGGAGGCGGUUGCGCAGGCGCAACUCGACGCUGCGGAAUCCGUUGGCUCAUUUGCAUCUCCCCGCCUCGCGAGGCGGCGGGUACGGAGCCUGAGGCGGCGGCGGGGGCGGCCCCGCUCGGGAGAGAGAAACAUGGCAAGGCGGAUGGCACAGGAAUCACUGGACACAGUGUUACAGGAGAAAUCUAAACGGUAUGGGGAUUCUGAGGCUGUCGGUGAAGCUCUCCAACUUAAAGCUCAAGAUCUCAUAAGGACAGGCUCAAGAGCCAGAGCAGAUGUCUAUGAGGACGUUCACAGUGACAGUAGGUUCUCUGCCAGUGGAUCUGGUGUGUACUCAUUAGACUUGGGGAGAGAGGGCAUGAGAGGUGACAUGUUUGCGGGACCCUCCUUCAGAUCCAGCAACCAGUCCGUCGGUGAGGACAGCUAUCUUCGCAAAGAAUGUGGUCGGGAUCUGGAAGUGGCCCACACUGACUCCCGAGACCAGAGUUUUAGCCACCGGAAACUGGGACAUUUUUCUUCUCAGGACUGGAAGCUUGCACUCCGUGGCUCUUGGGAGCAAGACUUGGGCCACCCAGUUUCUCAAGAAUCCUCCUGGUCACAGGAGUAUGGUUUUGGGUCUUCAGUGUUGGGGGACUUGGCCUCCUCCAGGCGGUUGGAGAAGGAGAGUCGGGAUUAUGACCUGAACCAUCGUGGGGAGAUAGACUCUGUGUCUAGAGGCAGUGGGCAAGUCCUGGCCAGAGGCCGGUCUCUAAACAUGGCUGACCAGGAAGUCACUCUCCUAGGAAAGGGGGACACUCAAGGUCUGCUUGCAGCAAAGGGUAUCGGGAAGCUUAUCACGCUGAAAAGCAUGACCACGAAGAAAAUGCCUGUUGUCAGUCGUCUUGCUUCCAAACCUCAGGGCACUAACCAAAUCCAGAAAGCCACCUCAAGUCCUGAUGUGACCCUUGGAACAAAUCCAGGGCUGGAUGAAAUCCAGUUCGCUGCUCUGAAGAUCCCUUUGGGCCUGGACCUGAGGACCCUCAGCUUUCCCAGAAGGAAGCUGGGCUUUGAUGCCAUGGACAAGGCAGAUGUGUUCUCAAGGUUUGGCAUAGAGAUCAUCAAGUGGGCAGGGUUCCACACCAUCAAGGAUGACCUCAAGUUCUCCCAGCUCUUCCAGACUCUCUUUGAAUUGGAAACUGAGACCUGUGCCAAGAUGCUGGCCUCCUUCAAAUGCUCCUUGAAACCAGAGCACAGAGAUUUCUGCUUUUUUACUAUCAAGUUUUUAAAGCACUCUGCUCUGAAGACACCCCGAGUCGAUAAUGAGUUUUUAAACAUGCUUUUAGACAAAGGUGCUGUGAAGACCAAAAACUGCUUCUUCGAGAUCAUCAAGCCCUUCGACAAGUACAUCAUGCGGCUCCAGGACAGGCUACUGAAGGGCGUCACACCCUUGCUCAUGGCCUGUAAUGCCUAUGAGCUGAGCAUCAAGAUGAAGACCCUCACUAGCCCACUGGACCUGGCUGUGGCCCUGGAGACCACCAACUCUCUGUGUAGGAAGUCCCUGGCACUCUUAGGCCAGACCUUCUCCUUGGCCUCCUCCUUCAGGCAGGAGAAGAUCUUAGAAGCUGUGGGCCUCCAGGACAUUGCUCCAUCUCCUGCUUCCUUCCCAAACUUUGAGGACUCCACUUUGUUUGGAAGGGAAUACAUAGACCACCUGAAGGCCUGGCUCAUCGCCAGCGGCUAUCCUCUCCAGGUCAAGAAGGCUGUGCCUGCAGAGCCCCGAGAACAGAAAACCACAUCUCAGCCCUGGGCUGCAAGCACUCUGAGCCAAGCUGUCCCCCAGCGGGCGGAUCACAGGGUGGUGGACACCAUUGACCAGCUUGUCAUGCGUGUCAUCCAAGGCAGGCUGUCACCCAGGGAGAGAACACUACUUCUGCAGGACCCUGCUUACUGGUUUCUGUCUGAUGAGAACAGCCUGGAAUAUAAGUACUACAAAUUGAAGUUGGCAGAGUCACAACGACUGAACCACAGCUGGCCCAUCAUGGAACGGAGGCCAACACCAGCACAGUGCGCAGUGCGUGCUAUGCUGUAUGCACAAGCUGUGCGAAGUCUCAAGCGUAGACUUCUCCCGUGGCAGCGCAGGCGGCUGCUUCGCUCUCAGGGUCCUCGAGGCCUGAAGGCCAAGAAAGCUGCCACUGCCCAGCACACAUCCCUGUCCUCAGGCACUCAGCAGAGGCACCGUGGCCGCCAGACUGCAGGAGGCUCCUUACAGGUAAAGCCACCACCACGGGACUCGAGUGAUGCUGCCCAGGACUGCCUACCAGAGCCUGCCAAACCCCAUCCUCAGCCCUCCUGCCCUGGAGCCUUGGGCCCGUCUCCUCGGCCAACAGCAGGGGAUGACUCGGGAGCCCUGCCGUCCUCUUCUCCCUGCCCCUCUGCUGAAGUGGAUCCAAAGACCAUGGAGACUGCUGAGAAGUUGGCCAGAUUUGUGGCUCAGGUGGGCCCUGAGAUUGAGCAGUUCAGCAUAGAGAACAGCACCGACAACCCUGACCUGUGGUUCCUGCACGACCAGAGCAGCUCAGCCUUCAAGUUCUACCGGGAGAAGGUGCUGGAACUGUGCCCAUCCAUUUCCUUCCAGUCUACUGGUGAGGUGGGGAACUCAGUGCAGAGCCCCACAACUCGAAAGGAGGGUGAGGGUGAACCGGAAGAGGAGCGUUCCCAGCAGGAGGCUACAUUGGAGGGCCCUGAGGUGCUGCCUGAGGAGGAAGAAGAUGACGAGGAGGACGAGGAGGAUGAGGGCAAAGAGGAGGCCUGUACCCUCAGACCACAGGCAAGAACUGCCAAGUGUCCAGGCUCCGAGGGCAGCUCCCCCACUGACAGCAUUCCUGGAGAGGGGUCUAGGGAAGACCACACCGGCACCCCUGGCCUCUCACAGGCCUCCUCUGGCAGCUGCUUUCCCAGGAAGAGAAUCAGCAGCAAGUCACUGAAAGUGGGCAUGAUUCCUGCCCCCAAGAGGGUGUGUCUCAUCCAGGAGUCAAAGGUCCAUGAACCAGUUCGAAUUGCCUACGACAGGCCUCGAGGUCGUCCCAUAGCCAAAAAGAAGAAGCCCAAGGACCUGGAGUUUGCCCAGCAGAAGCUGACAGACAAGAACCUGGGCUUCCAGAUGCUGCAGAAGAUGGGCUGGAAGGAGGGCCAUGGCCUGGGCUCCCUUGGGAAGGGCAUCCGUGAGCCCGUCAGCGUGGGGACUCUCUCAGAAGGAGAGGGCCUGGGGGCUGACGGGCCGGAGCAGAAAGAAGACACGUUUGAUGUCUUCCGCCAACGCAUGAUGCAGAUGUACAGACACAAGCGAGCCAACAAAUAGAUCAGAGCCACUGGCGACAGAGAUAAGCCUCGAAGCAGCCUUGCCCUUCCUGUACCCUGCCCUGGACGCCUGCAGCCUAAGCCUCGGUAGCUCCUCAGCCUUAGUGCCCAGGGCCUGGCUCCCCUGCAAGUUCUCCACACAGCCCCACCUUCCAGAGAGAGCCCUGCCUUCUGUCUCCAGAGCUUAUCUGGGCUCUGAUGGAGAGGGAGCCAUGUGGAUUCUUGCUUUUGAGCAAUGGUGUCUCAGCUCCUGCAGACUUCUGAGAGCUCUGCAGGCUGAGGCAGGGGAAUUAGGACAAGUUAAAGUCUAGCCUGGCUGUGUAGCAGGACCCUGUCUUGGGAGACUUCUUAAAAUCUUAGCCCCAGAUGAAUACAGCUUAUAUGCCCAGCACAUGCUUGUCUCUGUUCCUAGGGAGUGUAUCCCGAGGAAAACCCCAGCCUGUGCACUUUUGGCCUUGGUGCAGCUCCCACAAGGCGGUGCUGGGACACUCCUGUGCUGUCUCCAUAGACUCUUUCUGGGCCUCUGGAAGGAUGAGGCACUGCUCAGCUGCAAUGAAUGACUGUCUCAGAGCCCUCCUUGUGCCCAGCACUGCCCAUGUCUGCCACCCCUGAUCUGUGCUGAUACUCUCGCUGGGGUCCAGCCUCCCACCACUGGUCUGGUGUCAGCCAUGAGCAUAGCUGGAGGAUCUUGUGUCAUAAUGCUCAGCUUCUGUUGCCCCACUGUGCCCCUUCUUCAUAGCUGCUGCAGUCCCAGGCCCACCUGGCUCUCUUGUCUUGGCAACUCACAGGUCUUUGUAGCUAUGAGGAUCUUCACUGCAGCUGGGUCACACAGUCUGACCAUGAGCCAGUCUAUAGGGUGGGAGAAGACAGGGCAGGGACCCAGGCUGCAGCUUCGUCCUCUGGUCUUUUCUUUCACUUUUCUAGCAGCUUCCAUGUUGACUGUGGGUUGGAGCAGGACCCUGGCCCAUGGUGGGCUCUGCAAGUGGAGCACACAGCUUGUUUCUCCAACUUCUCUCCAGGCAUCUGCAUUUUGUGCUGAUCCAUUGGGUCUUCAAGAUGAUUAAGAAAUUGCGGGUAUAUGGCCCUGGUGCCAAGCAAGUCUCCUGUACUCCUGGAACUGAGACUGUCAGGGACCGCCUCCCGACCUGAGAAAUGUCAUUCUUGGGUUCUCUUCUGGGGACAGGGCAGGUGGUGGGGAGCGGGAGCACGUACCUCACACCAGUCUGUGCGAGCUGUCGUGACCCUCCUCACAUACACCAUGCUGUCCUCACUCUCCUAAGGCCACCUUGCUCUCCAGUCAGGCUGCUUUGUGGGCAGGGCUAUGGAAGAUACCUGAUGCACAUAUGUGUGGCCUUAUCCCUGUCACAGUGUUUCUCCUGUCAUUCUAGUUCCAGGGUCACUUCCACAAGGGCCAUGGAUUCCAAAAGCUGUGCUGGCCUGGCUUGCCGUGGCUCUGGCAUGCUCCUGUUCCUGGAAGUACUUGGUGAAGGUUGGUUCUGGUCCCUGGUAAAAUGCAAAAGAACGCCGAUGAUGUCACACUUGGACGUUGUUGUGUUUGUGAGGAUCUAAGAUGUCAUGGUGUUGUCCUGUCAAGUGCUCAGAAUAAAUGAGGAGCAGACCCAC